AUGAGCUCCGAUCGAAGAACACAAGCCACCUCCAUUCCGGAGGAACAGGAUGUUUCUCCGUCCGCACUCUUCUACCUUUUCCAAGAGGUUUCUAAACUCGCCUCCUCUGCUCACGACAGUUUUCCUGACAAAGAUUCACCCUUGAACCAGCUUGAUGAAGUACGGAGGAAGGAUCUAAUCGUAGUUAAAAAUGAGUGGAAAACCAAGAAGCCCAGAAAGCAGCCUCAUCCCUGCCGUAGUGCCGACAGCCACGACCCCGACUUCCAGGGAGUGACGUUCAGGAUGGACACACAGCUGGACGACACCCGGGAGCAGUGUCGGCUCUGCAUCACUUCAAAGUACAGCAAGGAGCUCCUGAAGAGCACAAGAAAACCAAAGCUGAGGACACGGACCUCACAGAAUUUCCAUAAAACAAGCAGCUCAGAGGAAGAAAGUGAAGUGUGUCAGCUCAGUUAAAACAAAGUCUGUGCUUCAUGCUGCACCAGGAAGACGCCCAUGUGGAGAGAUGCAGAGGACGGGACGCCGCUCUGCAAUGCUUGCGGGAUACGGUAUAAGAAGUACAGAGUGCGCUGUGUCAACUGCUGGCAUAUACCUCGGAAAGAAGGCAACUCCAGCUCACACUGCCUCAAGUGUGGAAACUUUGUGAAGCCGACCUCAGCUCAGCGAAAAAGCACCACCUUGGAAACAGAGCACAGGUUUUAA